UACCAGGCAUAAAAUUACUAUUUGGGAGAGAAGACCUAGGACUUCAGAAAGAUUUUUUCUAAUAAGUUCAGAUGCUAAAGUAUAGCUGCCAGCCUCUCUUCACCCACCAGUGUUGGGCUACAGUCUUCCCUGCAGGUGAAUGUGUGAGUCUUAUUGCCUUGACAACCAAUCACAGGGCCUGGUCUGCUGGCAAGCUGUUCUUGGUCUCCAUCAAUGUCUCCUUCUUCUCCCCUGCCCUCGUUCAUCUGUUUCCCUCUUUCCCUCUUGUUGUCUUCCUUCUUCCUCCCUCUCAUUCUCUAGCUCUCUUGCUCAUGUUAUUUCACUCUGAGCAACUGUUCUGUCUCCUUUUCCCACCCUAGAUACCCCUGAAUGCUGCUGGUCACUGUGGUGAGGGACUUUCCAGGAGGCACUGAUCUAGCUGUCAACUGGCUGCAGGACCCAUUUUGAUACUUCCUGAUUGAUAAUGUUAUAACAGCACCUGGAAUCCCAAGGUCACCUUCUCAGCUGAGUGUUCCUGAGUAGUCUUCAUCACCAUGGAGACCCGAAAGGAUGAAGCUGUUCAUGUCAAGGGAGCAGCAGCCUCUGGGGAUGCUCAGGACCAGGGGCCAGAGAAAGGAGCCAAGAACAAAGCAGCUGAAGAAAUAGAAGGGCCAACAUCAGAACCACCCUCAUCUGGCCCAGGUAGGCUGAAGAAAACUGCCAUGAAAUUCUUUGGUGGCAAAAAGGGAAUCUGUACUCUGCCUAGUUUCUUUGGAGGAGGACGAAACAAAGGUUCUGGGAAAGGAAGCUCCAAGAAGGGUGUAAACAAGAGCAAGACACAUGAUGGCUUGAGCGAAGGAGCACAUGGCCCUGAUGAUGCUGUCAGCGAAGGAAAUGGCUUCUCCCAACCUCUGCCUGAAUCACCCGGCCUAUUUCCCAGCUCUCAGAGUGCCCACGGGGCUUUGGAGACAGGCUCCAGACAUAAAACAUCUGUGGCUGGAGUUACAGAAAAAGCUGGAGCUGAGAAGGUACCCUCUGUGCCCAAGCCAAAGAAAGGUCUAAAAGGCUUUUUUAGCAGUAUCCGUCGUCACCGGAAGAGCAAGAUGUCUGGGGCUGAGCAGAGUCACCCAGGAGCCAAGGGCUUUGAAGAUGCCAGAGCUGGGUCUCAUGAGCAUGUGAGCUCAGCCCCUCUAGUUUGCUCUGAAGAGACCUUCCAAGUCUCUAGAAUGGACAAUACCAAACCUCAAGAUGCCUCUGGACCAAAAAUUUCACCAAUACCAGAACCCUCUCUACCAACUACAGCUACUGAGGAGAUGGAUUGUAAAAAUCCAGAAAAACUCAAGGGGACCUGUCCUUUAGCCCUUGUGCAGCCCCAGCCUGCUUCUGAAGCCAGUGUUCUAGAGGAAGAGCCCCACAUUCCAGAAAUAGGGGAGAAGGUGUUAGCUGGAGAGGAAAAUCCACCUCAUGGCCCUGUGGGGGGUCAGCUGAGCCUUCUGUUUGGAGAUGUCACAUCCUUGAAAAGCUUUGACUCACUAACAGGUUGUGGUGACAUUAUAGCAGAACAGGACAUGGACAGUAUGACAGACAGCAUGGCCUCUGGAGGCCAGAGGGCCAAUCGAGAUGGGACCAAACGAAGUUCCUGCCUGGUGACCUACCAAGGAGGUGGAGAGGAGAUGGCCUUACCGGAUGAUGAUGAUCAGGGAGAGGAGGAGGAAGAGGCUGAAUUAGAGGAAGAAGAAGAAGGCAAGGAAGAGGAAGAAGAUGAUGACUUAGAAUAUCUAUGGGCAAGUGCCCAGAUAUACCCAAGGCAUCUGAACCUGGGUUACCCUCCAACCAUAUCCCCAGGCCAUCAUGGCUACAUGCUCAUUGACCCAGCAGCUUAUUCUGGCCUAGCCUCUGGGGAACUUUUAACUCCUCAGAGUGACCAGCAAGAAUCUGCCCCCAAUAGUGAUGAAGGAUAUUAUGACUCUACCACACCUGGAUUUGAAGAUGAUUCAGGGGAGGCCUUGGGGCUUGUCCAUACCGAUUGCCUACCGAGAGACAGCUAUAGUGGAGAUGCCCUAUAUGAGUUCUAUGAACCAGGUGACAGUCUUGAGAACUCACCACCUGGAGAUGACUGCCUUUAUGACCUCCAUGGUCGAAGCUCUGAGAUAUUUGAUCCUUUCUUAAACUUUGAGCCCUUUUCUUCCUCCCGGCCACCUGGAGCAAUGGAGACAGAAGAAGAACGACUAGUGACCAUCCAAAAACAGUUAUUGUAUUGGGAGCUUCGACGAGAGCAGCUUGAGGCUCAAGAGGCCCGGGCUCGAGAAGCUCAUGCCAGGGAGGCUUAUACCCGAGAGGCUCAUGCCAGGGAGAUCUAUGCCUGGGAGGCCCACACUCAGGAAGUUCAUGCCAGAGAGGCUCGAUCUCAAGAAACCCAGGCCCAAGAGAUUCAUGCUCAAGAAGGUAAAGUACGAGAGAGCCUGGCCUGGCAGGAAAAGCCUGUCUUGGAGUAUCAGAUGAGGCCCUUAGGCCCAUCAGUGAUGGGCCUCAUUGCAGGAGCAUCAGGAGCCUCUCAGACCUCCCACCGGGGAACUACUUCAGCGUUCCCUGCCACAUCUAGUAGUGAGCCAGACUGGCGAGAUUUUCGUCCUCUGGAGAAACGUUUUGAGGGAAUAUGCUCCAAGAAAGACCAGAGUACCUGCCUGAUGCAGCUCUUCCAAAGUGAUGCCAUGUUUGAGCCAGACAUGCAAGAAGCAAAUUUUGGAGGAUCUCCCAGGAGGGCCUACCCUACUUACUCACCCCCUGAGGAGCCAGAAGAAGAAGAGGAAGAGAAGGAAGGUAAUGCCACUGUGAGUUUCUCACAGGCCCUAGUGGAGUUUACCAGCAAUGGAAACCUUUUCUCCAGCAUGUCCUGCAGCUCUGAUUCAGACUCAUCCUUCACCCAAAACCUCCCUGAGCUGCCCCCAAUGGUGACCUUUGACAUCGCUGAUGUGGAACGGGACGGAGAAGGCAAGUGUGAAGAAAAUCCUGAAUUCCACAAUGAUGAAGACCUUGCAGCCUCUUUGGAAGCUUUUGAGCUGGGCUAUUACCACAAACAUGCCUUCAACAACUACCACAGCCGAUUCUACCAAGGUCUUCCCUGGGGUGUGAGCACUCCACGAUACUUGGGACUACCUGGCAUGCACCCUCGACCUCCACCUGCUGCCAUGGCACUCAACAGGAGAAGCCGCUCCCUUGAUACUGCAGAGACCCUAGAGUUGGAACUUUCCAGUUCCUACCCCCAGGGCUAUGUGGAGUCUGAUGAGCUACAGGCCCAGCAGGAAGAUUCAGAUGAAGAGGAUGAUGAAGGAGAAUGGGGCCGAGACAGUCUGUCUCUCUACACUGAACCCCCUGGGUUCAGUGAUUGGCCUGUAUGGGCUCCUUGUCGUCUUCCAGUGAGACCAGGCCCUUCCUGGAUAAGACCCAGUCAGUUAGAUGGGCCUCCCAGCCGGUCUCCAUAUAGGCAGGGAAGCUGUUGUAUACCUCCUGUUGCUAUGUCAAUAUCCCUGCCAGGGCCAGGGCAAGAGCCAAGAGUACCUGGGGAACCUGGGCCUCCGCUAGCUCGACCUUUACACCUUCCUCUGCCCAUGGGCCCUUGCUAUAACCUCCAGCCCCAGGCCUUCCAGAGUACAAGAGCUAGGCCUCGAGAUGUGCUGCUGCCUGUUGCUCAUUGUGCCAAUGAGCCCAGUUGUUCCUCCAGUUCUGGAGGCUUCAACCCUAGUCCUCUGCCACAGGCCAAGCCUGUGGGUAUUACCCAUGGUAUCCCACAGCUGCCCAGGGUUCGACCUGAGCCCCUCCAGCCUCAGCCCAGUCACUACAGGGCUUCCAGCCUUGAUCUGUCAAAGGAGAGGGCUGAGCAAGGUGCCUCUCUCCUGACCAGCUACCCCUCCACUGCCACGAAUGGAAAUCUAACCAAGUAAUCAUCAAUUCUGGAGUGAGGUCAUGGGGCUUGAGCAUGUGAAUGGGGAUCAGGGUUUGGGCAGAGGGGUGGAAAUAAGAGUUGCUGUUUAACUUGAAAAUCCUUUUGGCCAAGGAAAACUCCUAUGAGUUUUUAUCUUUGUUUACCCCCCUUCCCUCCUCUGCAGUCUGUGGCCAUGUUCAGCUUGAGUAUAUAUCUGCUCCAGGGAGGCUGCUGCUACUCUGCUCUAGUUUUGCUUUUGGGGUUUCUUCCUUUGACCCAUUCAGGGCUUGGGAUGCUAUGAUUUUGUGCCUAUUCCAGUUGCCAAGUUAGUGAUUUUUAUACACACACACACACACACACACACACACACACACACACACACACACAAUAGCAUGCAUCCUUAAGACAGGCUGGACCCUUAGUGCCCCCUGCUCCCUCUUCCUGGUAAACAAUGAACCACUGAUGAGCAAGAAAGUGUGCUCUGCCUCUCACUUGGGGAUAAGGAGCUUGUUUAUUGUUAGCAAUGUGAAGUUAUGGUACACAUCUUCCUCACCCCCAUUCCUUUGGCUUUGGCAUCACUGCCUCUGUUACAUCAGAUCGCUACAAGCUAUUUGUCCCAUGUAGCUCUCCUUAGAGAGGAUCAAGUAGCAUGUGUCUCGCUGCCUAUUAUUGUAGGCUUUGGCAUCAUAAGCAGCUGAGGGCUUUUUAACCUGCCCUACCAUAAUUUGGGUUGAAGGGAAAAAAUGUUCCCUUAAUGGAGUGAUUCAUUCUGUUCAUUUGCCAGCAGAAGACAAAGCAAAGUUCUUUUGUAGACACAGCCAUGGGAGUCUUGAGCUCUGGAUCAUUUCUUCUCUUAAAUCUGUAACCUCUUGAGUUGCUGAGAAUUUUCAAUUUUCAUUUCUUUUUUUUCCUCUGAAGGAAGAUUUCAUAAUCUCAUCACAAGGAACAUGGUCGUUUAAUUGACAGAAGGAAAGAGGUACAACCUAAAUUGAGCUUUGGCUAUAGGCUUUGGAGUUUUGUGAAGUACAGGGGAAAGAAACAACAACAUCAUCAACAAAAGGUCCAUCGUGUAUCUUAACCAUCAGGAGAAGAGAUUUCAAGACGGUGGCACCUGAAGCGGCCCCAGCUUUAUAGAAAGGAAAACUCUCCACUCCUUUUCUCCCAAACAAAAAGCUCCCAAAACCUUGCUCACCCCUUCAUUUGGAUGGAUGGUGUAAAAUAGCUCCAGGCUUGCCUUCCUGAAACUGGAUACCCAAAACGUCUCAGCUGCUGUUCUUGGCUCUCUAGAGAGCUUUCAUCUUCCAAUUAGCCAAGUCCUUAGCAUCAUCAAUGGACCAGGCUUUUGGAGAGGAAAGACUGUGACCCGCUCCCACUCUGCCCACCUAUAGGACUUCGAUUUGCAUGGCAGUUGCAGCCUUUUAUGAAAUGAAUGGCACCCCUUCCCUUCUGCAUACCUGCAGUUUUCAUGUUAAACUAGAUCAGAAAUUUUGGUAGGGAAGAGCUUGCUGUCAGGAAAACAUUGCAAUAUCUUACCAGGCUCAACCUCUUGGUAAUCACCCACAAUUUCUUAGUGGAAAUGACAUACUAAACAUCUUUUGGGCCUGGAUGUGUUGACCCAAAUUAUAAAUCUUCCCCAUUCUGCCUCUGUCCCCACUACCACCACGUAACCCCCAGCCAUCUUCAUAUUUGUUAAGAGAAGAAGUUAAGUUAAUAGGGCUCUUACCAUGAGAGAGAGAGAGAGAGAGAGAGAGAGAGAGAGAGAGAGAGA